CGCACAUGCAAAACGGCGACUUACUUGGCUACAAAAUAUUUUACCUGGUCACUGACUCACCUCAAGUACUAGACAAAAAACAAGAAGAAGAAAUCGAAGUUGUACCCGCGACCUCUCUGCAACACAGCCUAGUUUUUCUGGACAAAUACACUGAGUACAAAGUCCAAGUAUUGGCAUUCAAUCCCGCUGGUGAUGGCCCAGGUUCGCCUUCGAUUACUGUUCGUACGAAGCAAGACCUGCCCGGACCACCUAGCAAUCUCCAGUUCACUGAAAUCACCAUGACGAGUAUGCGCGUAACUUGGGAUCCGCCUAAGCUACGCAAUGGAGAAAUCGUCGGCUAUGUCGUUACUUAUGAAACCGCUGAGCAAAAUGACAAAUUUAGCAAACAAGUCAAGCAAAAAGUAACAGAAACAAGUCUUCUGAUUCAGCCUCUAGAAGAGGAAGUCACGUAUACUUUUACAGUACGGGCUCUGACAAUAGAUUUUGGUCCUCCAGUAUCAGGGAAUGUUACAACCGGUCCUCAAGAAGGCUCUCCAAUGAUUCCAACAAAUCUCUCCGUCACCAAAACUGUCUCCUAUGUCCAUUUAAAAUGGAAGAAUGGCGCGUCUGGCAAAGGACCUAUUCUUGGUUACUACAUUGAAACUCGCAGAAAAGAUGACUCCCGGUGGCAGACGAUUGCGAAGAGCGACAACGGGCCGCUUGAUGAAUUUACGAUAUCUUAUCAAAAUCUUUUGCCAUCGACUGCGUACCUCUUCCGUGUAAUUUCUUACAACCGUUACGGUAUCAGCUACCCCGCUUAUUCAACGGAAACAAUUUUAACCCCGUCGAAAUUAUACUUGGAGUACGCGUACCUUCAGCACCGUCCAUUUUACCGGCAGACCUGGUUCAUGGUGACACUUGCCGCGACGUCAAUAGUAAUUAUCAUCAUAGUCGUUGCUAUUUUGUGCGUGAAAAGCAAGAGCUAUAAAUACAAACAGGAAGCACAGAAGAAUCUAGAAGAAUCCAUGGCAAUGGACAUUGACGACCGUCAGGAAUCUGAUCUGUCACUUUACCGCACGCGGCCUUCUGGUGGUACUCUGAGUAUUGGAAACGGAUGUGGGACUUUGGGUAAACGGGGCACUAUUGCCAGAAAGUCAAUGCAUCCUCCACCGCCGCCAUUGCACGGGAAAUCUCCACCAAGACCUUCGCCAGCCUCCGUUGCUUAUCAUAGCGACGAGGAAAGUCUCAAAGGAUAUAAUGAAAAUCCAGAUGACAGCAGUGUCACGGAAAAACCAUCAGAAAUAAGUUCGACAGACUCUCAGACUACUCGACCAAUCGACUCUAAAUUCUAA